UAGCUAAAAUAGAUGCUGGCUUCAGCAGUUCACAAAGAUGGAGGGAACAAAAUAUUUGCGCUGUUGUCGUUUUCAAAGACAUUUCCAGUAAGACGCACGACUAACCUCCAGUUUUCCUAAUGAUUUAGUUUCGGGAUUUAGUGAAAUGGAUUUUGUUGCGUCUCCCGAGCAAAACAUAGAUAAAAAUGUUUGUAUCGUUGGAUCGGAGCUUGUGGAAAACUACACUGUUUACAUAAUUGAGAUGAAGGUUGGAGACCACCGGUGGACUACUAAGCAUCGCUACAGCGACUUCUAUGAUUUGCAUGAAAAGUUGACAUCACAGAAGAAGAUUGACAAACAUCUGUUGCCACCUAAGAAGAUCAUUGGUAAAAAUUCCAAAAGUCUUGUAGAAAAGAGGCAGAAAGAGCUGGAAGUAUAUCUUCAGACUCUGCUCAGCAGAUUUCCAGUGACUGCCCCGAAAGUCUUAUCCAUCUUUCUGCAUUUCCAUUUAUAUGAGAUCAAUGGCAUCACAGCUACACUGGCAGAAGAUCUAUUUCAUAGAGGUGAACAGUUGUUAGUCGCUGGUGAGGUCUUUGUCUUGAGGCCUCUGCAGCUGUAUGCCAUUACCCAACAGCUGAAGAUUGCCAAGCCCACUUGUGCCAAUGGAGAUGCCAAGACAGAUCUGGGACACAUACUGGACUUUGCCUGUCGGCUCAAAUAUCUGAAGGUCCCUGGAACCAAAGGAUUUGUGGGCACUAGCAAUAUUGAAGAGCAGACACUACCAUUUGACCUCUCUGUCUUUAAAUCACUGCUCCAGAUUGAAAUCAGUGACUGCAUUUCGGGACAGUUAAAGGGACUUCCUUUGCUGAAGCCUUCACUUGCUACACUCAGUAUUCACCACUCUGCUGCAUCAAUGAAGGAAAUAUUAGUCCCAGAAGCUGCAGAGUUUGCCCAGUGGGAACCAGAAGGUGUGGACAUAGACCGCUCAGUGACUGCCAUCAUUCCCACAUGGCAGAUGCUGACCACUCUUGACAUGAGUUGCAAUUCCAUCUGUUACAUCGAUGAGUCUGUGAAAUUGAUUCCUGAAGUUGAAUUCCUAGAUCUUAGUCAUAAUGAAUUGUCACUGGUGGAAAAUCUCCAGCAUCUUUACAAUCUAGUGCACUUGGACCUGUCCUACAACAAGCUAACAGUUCUAGAAGGUGUUCACACUAAACUGGGAAACAUCAAAACUCUCAACUUGGCUGGCAAUCAGCUCGAAACCCUUUGUGGCCUCAGUAAACUUUACUCCCUUGUGAACUUGGACUUAAGCAGCAACAGAUUAGCGCAGUUGGAUGAAAUAAAGCACAUUGGAACUCUCCCCUGUUUGGAAAAACUCUCCCUCGCAAGCAAUCCUGUGUGUAUCAUUCCUGACUACAGAACUAGAGUUCUGGCACAGUUCUGGGACAGAGCUGGAGAGGUUUCCUUAGAUGGCACUGUGACCACUGAGAAGGAGCUAGACACUGUUGAAGUGCUGAAAGCCAUUCAGAAAGCCAAAGAAGCAAAAGACAGAAUGGCAAACAAUGAGAAAAAGAUCAGUGAUGUCCCCAAGCAGGCUGAGGGUGGGCCAAAGUCUUCUUCCUCAUCUUGCUCUCUUGCUGCACCGCCGUCUUCCUCUCCCCCCCUGUCCUGCUCUGUGAGCUCCAGCCAAGAAAUAGCCUGUAAAGAUGAAGCCUUUCUUACCAAAGAGAUAUUGACUCAUGUGGAUUCUACGUUUACUCAGCGAUGCUAUAAUGAAUUCAGCCCUUCCUGUGAAGUAACACCUCUGGUUAAAACUCAGCUUGAGCUUGGUACCUGUGAUUCCAUGAAGUACGAAAGCACUGGUUGGUUUUACUGCAAAGAGGACCAGGAAUCCUGUACCAACAGUCUCUUCACACCAGUGCUUCCCUUCUGUUAUGUCUCCUACACCACCACAAACUUGGACUUCAUUACCCAGCUGUCUGCUUUGAUCUGCCAAGCAGACAGAGACAGGAAAACAUCCAGGCAAACCAGGACUACCUGUCUAGGCAUGAAUGAUCAGGGCAGUCCUGACUCUGGGGGCAGCUACUUCGAGAUGGGUCUUGAUACCAGCAAUGAGAUUAUGGGCUGCCUUUCUGCUUCUACAGUUCAGGACAAGGAAUUGGAGGAUACAGAAAGGGGAAAUGUUCACAUAAAUAUGAUAAUGUGGUCUCACUGCAUCACCCUGGGUCCAGAUAUUGGUCUGAGUCAGAAGCUAUCAUGUUUAGUAGCAACAGACUGCUUUUUGGUUGUAUUUCAUACAUGCUCCAAAGAGCUGCCAAGUAGCAUACAGGAACUGAUGGACAGCCUUGAGAUAGGAUUGAUGGUGCCCUACUCAGAUAUUGAGUCUUUUCAGUUUGACAUUCCAGACACAUGUGUCUCCUUAAAGGUGAGGUUCUGUGAGGCACAAUGGUACUUCUUCUCAGAUGGCCAAAAUUUGAAAGAGUUGCAUCGUCAUGUGGACUUACUUGUAGAAAAAACUAACAGUGAACAUAUGACUGGACCUUCAAACAUACAGCUAUUCAUUCAGCAGUUUCUGAAUUCCUGGGAAGUUGAGGAGCAUUGUGGGGUGAAAAGUGGAUACUUGGCUCAUGUACUAAACCAUGCCACCUUGUUUACCUCUCGACAGGACAUCACAAAAAAACCACGGCAAUGCUCCAUACCCCCUGACGUUUUAUCCUCCCUCCAUGAAAACCAGACCUUCAUUCCCUUAAUUCUGUUUCUUACGCCACGACAUCUCUGUGUGUUGAAGGUAGAUUUUGUGGCCCUGGGAUCAAAUGCCAUCACUGAAGGAAAUCACCUGCGCUCUUGGUCCAGGUUAAAUCGAAUUCCUCUGGCUUCUAUCUUGCUCAACCCCAAACACGGUUGCACUGGCCAAAGCAAUGCAAUCACUCAUCACUUUUGUGAUGACCAUGUCCUUGAGCUGAUGGCAGGCCACGAAUAUCUAGUUGUUGUUUUUGCUUUGCCCAAUGACAAGUUCUUGUUCCUGCGGCAAUUCAGCCAGUUCCGUGCCACCCUUCGGGACAUCAAGACCAUUGCUGUUUGGCAGACUAGUAAAUGUCACCUGAAAGUGAAGAGCAUGGUACCCAGCAAAACUACCCAAAGAAUGCAGAAAAAGAGUGUUCCUCAGGAAAUGCAGAAGCCCCAUUUAGCCCUGUCUCUGCUGUACCCGGGCGAGACACUGCUACAACAGCUUUCAGAGCAAAACCAGUGUCCCUCCCAUCUCUUUCUCUCAGCCUCCCUCCAUUACCUCUCUUCUCUGAGGGGUGAAGAGCUCAUCCACUUCUUCCAUGACAACAUUGCUGAGGUGGAAAAUGAAGAGUUAAAGCAUAUUCUGUGGACAUCUGUCCUCUUCUACAAGUCUCCUGAUGUGGAGCUGACAGCUUGUGUUAUGUUAUCAACCAAAACUGUUUACUUCAUCCUGAAUGAUGUGGCAUCUACCCUCAGUGAUCAAGCUAUGAUGUGGAACUGGAACCCAUCAGAGCAUAAGGCUACGGAUUUCCUCAUCUCUUUCUGCUUUGCUAUGAAACUGAAUGAACUGCAGACUGUGAAUGUGGGACUGUUUGAUCAGUAUUUCAGAGUGGUUGGCCCCUCUGCUGAGCACAUUAUCUCUUGUCUGACAAGAGACAGCUACAGCACACACCACUUUCUACAGCAUCUCAUGACGGUGCUGUCCUUACUGGAGAAAGUGCCCUCACCCGAGCCAUCUGAUCAAGACUUUUACACACAGUUCGGAAAGAAGAGCACAGGUAAAAUGGAGAACUAUGAAUUAGUCCACUCAAGCAAGGUGAAGUUUGUGUACCCGAGUGAAGAAGAGAUCGGGGACCUCACAUUCAUUGUGGCAGAGAGGAAGGGCCCUCAAGGGUCUUCUCACUCCUUUAACAUCCUCUUCUAUGUGCUGGUUUUCCAAGUACAAAGUCCUUCAAUAGGCCAUUCAGCCGAGAAACAGCAUCUACUUUAUGCGAAGACCCUCGUCCUCACCAGCACAGAUAUUUUCCUGUUGGACGAAGACUAUAUCAGUUACCCACUGCCCGAAUUUGCCAAAGAACCACCUCAGAGGGACAAGUACCGCCUCACUGAUGCCCGCCGCAUACGGGACCUAGACCGUGUGCUCAUGGGCUACCAGACCUACCCACAAGCACUCACCCUGGUGUUUGAUGAUGUCCCAGGCCCAGACCUGUUGUGCCACCUGACCAUGGACCACUUUGCAGAUAAGCUGGAGAGGGGAGAGAGGACACAGACGAAUGGUGGGGCCGAGAGUGAGGUCCAGUGGUGCAUCUUUGUGCCUAGUGCCGACAGUAGAGAGAGGUUGAUAUCGCUGCUGGCACGCCAGUGGGAGGCGCUGUGCAGCCGGGAGCUCCCAGUGGAGCUCACUGGCUAAAGACAUGGAAAGCACAUAUUCUUUUUCAAGAUGCAGUACAAAGGGAGAUGGACACAUCAUGUGCACACAGAAAUGCACCAACAUGUUACUACUUUAAUUGAACUCAACACAAUGCAUCCUGGGAAGCAGAGUCCACAUGAGUGUAAUAUUUCCUUUUAUAUAUAAGGCUUUGCUGCUUUCAUCUUAUUUAUCUGCUGCUGUGUACAAUCUACAAUAUGUAAAUGAUUAAAGAGAACCAUGCUAUGUGUGUUUUACAUUUCAGUGAAACAGUAUUGUAUUUUUAUCUUGCGUAAAGGUAUAAAAUUUUGGACACAAGCAUUUCUUUUCUGAUUUUAAUCACAAUCAUUUAAAGAGUUUUUUCUUUUUACGUUUUAAAGUAUUUUGGCUUUUUAGAAGUUAUGAGUUCUACUGCUAGGUUUGAGGUGACAUUACACAAAUGCAGAAAAAUAUUUUAGAUGUUUACAGAAUGUUGUGGCUUGAGGUAUAUUUCAGCUCAACACUUUGUGAGAUUAUUCACCAUGAAAAUUAGGAACUGAACAUGCACUUUUGGAUUUUUAAGAAAAUAAAUGUGGUUAAUGAAAA